CUGAAUCAUGGGAACAACAUGGCGGAAUGUUUGAAUGUCUGGUGGUCUAAAACAACUUGUCUACAUUUCGCUAUUACACGAUGUAUUUAAAGAUAUUCUGGUACCUACAUAUGUUUAUAUGAAGUUUGACUAUAAAUGCCAGUUACUAUCCCUGCGAACAAUAUGACAGAAUGGCGAAAAUAUUGUGAAACGUCCGCGUCGGGAAUGACAGAUGGUUUAGACGAGAGCAAGCAAGGUGGUGGGAAGCCGAAAACAAACAGACUGAGAAGAAGCCUCAGACAAACGCAGGCAACUCCAUCUCUCAUUGAUUCUCCAAAAACCUGUCAAGAUUUCAAGACGCCAACUCGUGUGACAAGAUCGAGAUACAACAAUGUAUUCAACAAAGGAGAGUCGCCAAUUAAUGAAUCAGAACUUCAACAGGAUAUAAUUUGGGAUGCAACCUCCCCUUCACCCCUUAGGACAGGUAGCAAAAGAGGCAAGAAGUACUCAGCAAAUGUUGGAAUUGUGGACAUUUCCGAAAUCGUCAACAGGAUAGCUCCCAAGCAUGGGAGACCUGUAGUUCCAGAGUCAUCCUUGCUCCAGUGGAUUGGAGACAGUGCUAUUCCCUGCACCCCAGAGAUGCAGCAGCCCAAGGCCAAGAAGAAAUCCCCAAGGCCAAAUGGAGUGGACGACCUUUUAAAGUUGGCGAAACAGUUUGAUUUCAACAUGUUUCGGCAAGAUGAAGAACGAGUCAAUGAUAUGCACGAGCAGAGUUUGCAGCUUCUGUCAGACUCGGAGGACAUAUUGGAUUUAGAUGGCAACGAGAACCAGCCUCCGCCCUUACUGAGUAAUGUCACACCUGAAAGCCCACAGUCCGCCCUUAAAACAAACAGCAUGAGAAACUCCAAAGACCAGAUACCUCCUGACCAUGAGAUGGAAGAUGAUUUUGAUUUUUUAUUUGAUGGACCAACUCAACACAUAAGUGGUAAUUUAAGUCAGAAUUCAUUGCCUCAGUCCUUGGAGGUGAAGACUGCUCUCACUGUGUCCUCCAAAGCCAUUCCUGGAAAAUAUCCUGAUUCCAUACAUGGCCACACUUCGACCGUCUCCUCAUCACAUCCUGUCAAAAGAAGCUCCGCAAAUAAUAACUUUGACGACGACUGGGAAAAUGACAAUUUGCUGGAUGACUCGCUGGUUUUUGAGAUGACCCAAAACCCAGACCUCUUUGCCACUCCUAAUCAUUGUUCGACCCAAAGAGGGUCGAAUGAAACAAAACAUGAAAACAACAACCCCUCAGCCAUUUCCAAAAAUGCUCUUCAAGGAAGUAGAGAGACAACACCAGCUGUGUCUAAAGGACAGAGUGAAACUGUGAAAAACAGAAAAACUUUCACGCUUGAAGCAAAUCCUAAUGUACAAGCGAAAAGUAUCCUCUCAGAGGCAUUACCAAAAGCAGGGCAUGUCUCCGACACUGUCAAACCAGCACCACAUAGGAACGUACAGCAAAACCAACCAAGUCUCUUUCCAAUCAACAAAGCUCAGUCUAUGGAGUCCAGUUACCAACGUAGCCAGCAAACGCAGCACCAGUCUAAUGGAAUAAAGACUUGGCCGCAGGUGCCUCUUUUUCAAAGUACAUCGAUCUCAACCAGCUCAAGCACAUCAACCUCCACCAACUCUUAUUCAACGUGGCCCCUUCAGGCUGAGAAUAGCUCUUACCAAAAGCCCACAGAGAACCACAAUAUGAAGGGAACCGGUAUCAAGGCCCCAGCUAGCCACAGCGUCGUCCCAGAGGACGACUUGGACUCUCUCUUCGCUUCUGACUCCAUCUGGGAUGACAAAGACGAUGACCUAUUGUGCCAAGCAUGUGAUAACCUGGAAAGCCAGGUACAGAGCAUGGAGGACCCUGUUAUCACACACUCCCAUUCCCUGCCCAGUAAUCAGACAGAAAGCCAGAAGUUUGUCCCUGUCUCUGCACCUUUGAAUAGCAGCAGAUACAAUGUAAAUCAAACGACCGAGACCACACAAUUCAAAUAUCCCAACAUUUCAGUUUAUUCACAAUCGGCCCCUGGGAACGGUAACACUUUUACCCACUCUCUCCAUAACAACAAAGUACCUGUUACUGUGGUCUCUGGUUCUAACAGACCGAGUUACAAUGCCUCAGCUGAAAAUGCUACCGCUAACUCCAUGUAUAGGCUACAGAACCCUGCAGUAGGAGAAGGGCCAUACAAAAGUACUCGGGUCAAAAGCACUUGUGUAGCUGGGAGCACAGCUAAUCAACAAGGCACUGGGAGUGGAGCGCGGCCGUCGUCAUUCCCGUCACCUGUAAAUGUGACUGAAACCUCCACUCAGUUCACCUUUAAGAGACAGUCUGGCUGCGCGUCCAACCCUGUCAUCCCUGUGACCAACAAAGCAUUCGCUUCGACCGAAGCAGCUGGGAAAUGUUCUGUGGUGGAGAUUGAACUGAAGAAACAGCAGGCCAUGGAGAGGAGACGACAACGGAUGCAGACUGCCCACAAGCUAUGGGCUCCAACCUGAGGCUGGGACAGUGCACAUAUACAAGAAGAUUCCCAAUUAUAGUUGGACAGUGUUGGCCAACUCUAAACGCUGACUUGUGCUAGACUGACCAUACAGAGGUCUUGAAAGUAAACCUACUAGAGUUGUUGUAGCCUUGUACUACCAUCCUGAUCUCGUAGCGAAACAGAAUGUAAGCUCGCUAGACUGGGAUGGUUGGACGAGGCUAGUGCUGCCUUUCUCUGUGUUCCAACUCAUCAUUUACAUCACUCAAUCCAUUCCUGAAUGAUUUUAAUAAUAUUAAUAUAAAUGUUCUUAUUUACGUUAAACGGUUGGAAAGAUUUUAAUAAAUUAACUUUUUUUCAGGGAGUAUGUUAUCAGUUGUGUUUGCAGAAUAGGCUAAGCCUGUCCUGUCACCUUUUCAUUAUAUUGUAUAUCAGUUGUGUAAAUUACAUAGCAUUACAACAUGAGCAGUUUUCCGAUAUAAAACACGAGUCGCCUUGUGCUCUGUCAGGAAAAACUUAUGUUUACCUUGUCUUUUUUUUGGACAAUGUUUGUCAUUUGCACAAUAAUGAAACUGCCUCAAAACAUGGCACACAGAUAUUAAAGUUGCAAAAAGAUUUCCCCCCCUUUUUCCAGACAAUACUAUCUUGUGUACAGCAGUGACAUCUAGUGUCCUUUUGUUUCUGUAUCAUGUAGGUUCACUCUUCCUUUAGCAUACCAUAAUUAAUUAUUGUGGAAUACAACAAUUGAGUGUAAGUGAACUACUGUCACUAAGCACAAAAUAACCAGUCCGAUGCAACAGCCAACACAGGACGAUGAGCUCCUUUAGGACCGGCACACAUAGUAAUGAGUAGUGCUUUCAACAGAGUGGGCGUUGUCCCAAAUGGCACCCUAUUCCCUGUAUAGUGCACUACUUUUAACCAGGGCCAUAAGGAACUAAAUAGAGAGUAGGGUGCCAUUUAGGAUGCACACAUGGUUUAAGCCUUGUUUAUACCUGGUGCUAACAUCUGUCCUUUCUCCUGAUCCUAUCCACAAUCUGAUUGUGCCCACAUUGUAGCCGUUGCAUCUACACAUGGUUGUAAAAUGUCUCUCUUGUCUGUCCACAUUGUGACCAGAUAUCCUGGUCCCUCCCUGUAUGCAAAUUUUUUGACAGAUUCUUUCAAAAUAAUAUUAAUGUAUUAAUUCUAAGCAAUUAAUUGAUGCCAUAAGCCAAUGGUGAUACCUGUCAAUUAAUUUAGAGACCUGUAUAAUGAUGAUUUCAAUAGUUUGAUCAUUCAGAACUGUUUACACUUGAUUGAUAUCCAGAUACAAUGGGUCCCCGGCUACCUCCGGAGUUGGUCAGGAAGAUCUGAUCACAAUUAGAUCACAAUGCAUCUUUUAAUCGUCUACACCUGUCUAAAAAUGUGGGCACAAUCAGAAUGUGGACAAGAUCAGAACAAAUUAUGCCUCUUAGAACCAGGUAUAAACAGGGCUUUAGAAAGGUUUGAAAGUGGCUUUGCCUUCGUCUACACCACACAUGCAGUCUGGUAGAGCGUGUGAGUAGAGACCUGAACCCUUUCAGGGUCCUGUAACUUGGGAUCUUAUGAAUCCUUCAGCCAUAGUCGAAUAUCAGUUUGCACCGUGGGAGCCUCAGGAUCUGGCCCUGACUGAACAGUCCACUCGGUUGGAUUUGGCCCCACUUCAAUCACAUCCACACCAUGUAUCACUUUAUUACAUAGAUCCUUUCCACUCGGUUAUUCCAGGAGCUGUAUUGGUCUGUCUGCAAACUCUGCUCACCGUCUUGAUGGGACAAAGCAUAGACAAUAAAGGAAUCUUACUGUAA